AUGCCCCAGUACGGCUCUUUGUAUGGUAGUCGUCAUGACGUCUCCUACUCACAGCCCAAUCCCGCCCCGUCCUCCGAUUUUGACGACCUUUUUUCCAGCCAGCCAGGAUCAUCCAUCGGCAUACACCAAGAUGCCUCUCAGUCUUCACGUCGUCCAAGAUGUCCGGAAUGUGGAACCAAAAAAAUGCGUCUGCGUGCAGGUCAGCUCAUCUGCAAACGAGGUCAUGUGCAGCAGCACUUUCGUAUCGAACAGGCCGAAGACGAUGAAUUCCUUGGCGACGGUGUCGCUCGCAAACGCCGAACGGUCAAAGUCAACAAGGUGCGAAGGCUCAAGAGUCAACACACACCUUAUUAUUCACAGCCAGAAACAGACAUUGAACAGGAUGACAGCCAAGAUGAAGUCCUGGAUCAACAAAUACGCCGUGCUCAUAAGCGCGCUCGAAGAGAGAGUUCCAGAUCGAGGUAUUCGGUGCACUCGGACCAAGAUGACGAGUACGACAGCGGAGACGAAAGCGCGGAUACAGAACGACCCCAGUCGAUACGAGCAGACAGCUUUUUUGAGCAAAGACCCUGGACGCCUCGCAGCUAUGCCGCCGCUUCCGCCGCCGAAGAGAGCGGAAUGGACUCAGAGCCUGACCAAUACGCUCGAUCUUCCAGGCGUGGCAUUCGUAGAAUUUGGCGUUCUGGCGUCGGCUUGCAUGGAGCAUACGAGGGCCGCUUUGUCUUGCUCGAAUGCUUGCAGCUCACUCUACGGCUUCAGCUUCACAGGCUUCGCGAGCUGUGGCCGGACAAGAUGCCGCCAGAGACGGAGGCUGUUGCGCGCGAUCUUUGGACCAUGUUCGUCUCCCUCCUCCCCGUGGGUCAUUUCCCACCCGAGCCGCUCAUUGCGGCAACUUUUGACUGGCACACACGCUAUUCAUUGUCUCAGGCAGGAGCAGCUGAGCUCUUUCCUAAUCACGCCACAUAUGAUCCUGAGAGCGACAUCCGCCAUCAUAGGCGCAGGACACUCUUUAACAGCUACCAUCACCACCUCGAACGCAAACGCUACAACACUCAAAAACAACGAGCUGAGCAAAGUGAAGGGGAUCAAAUUGAUUCGGACGACCCAGUGACCGCCAAAGAAUGCAUCGACUGGAUCGUCGGUCAAGAUGAGCAGCACCGGCAAUCUAGCUCGCAGCGUUCCAGCGAACCAGAUUCAUUGGCCGACCCCGAAGACGAGUUGGCUGAGCUCGAUCCGGUCUUUGCCGAAGAAAGAAGGCAGCGACAACGAUCACAAGCAGCCUCCGAGGUUGAUUCCGAGAUCGAUGGCCCCCAAUCAGACAUGGAUCCGUCAGGCAUACCAAGACAAAGCAAAAAACGUCGGCGUCACGUUCCUUCCUGGGCUACCAAACACUCUGUUUCCAAAGCACAAGCAGAAAUUCUUCGUCUCGCCAUGGUGCCUACCACGAUUUCCAUCAUCUAUCUCUCCCUGCAUCUGCUCAAGAUACCCAUCUUUUGGGCUGACCUGGUCAAACUCAUCUCUUCACACAAACUGCCUUAUCUCAACUUGGUUCAUUCGCUGCCAUUGCCAUUGACACGUUUCUUGAACAAGGAUAACGUACAUCAUCAUCAUCUCGAUACAGAUGUGGUUCCCACGAUCACCGCACUUCAUUUGCACACCUUGAGCCUGGCGGAUGUGCUGCAUCGCACGUACAGCGUCGAUUUCGGGCAGGGCAAUGUGUCUGGCCAGCUUGCAAGGCUAGUGGAAGGGAUGUUGCUUCCGCCGACGUUUUACGUUGCCACCAAGAGGCUGCUCGAUAAGCUUGCCGACGGAAUCGGGCCGGGGCUCAUGCCUAGACCACCCCAGAAGGGGAAGGCUUCAACACACACGGGCGCUAAAAAUACCGAGGAGAUGCCAGCAACGCUUCCGGGAGCCGCACAGCUGCAACGUACACCGAAAGAGUUUGUUCUCAUGGCAGCGCUGCUCGUCGUCAUCAAGUUACGAUAUGGACUUGAUGGUCGCGAGCGCUCUGAAAGCUUCGAUCCAGCUUCCGCUGAUCAGAAAGAGGCGAACGAGAGCGAUGGCGUGUCUUGUGCGCCCUUGCUGGAGCCAUGGCUGAGCGCUCUGGAUAAGCGAAGGCAGAUGUACAUGCAAUCAACGGAAGCGGUGCUAGAGAUGGAUCCAUCCGAGCUCGAAGCACUGUACAUGACAUCGGAGCAGGUAGAGGCAUACGCAAGUUUUGCUGAGGAAAACCUCAUCCUCUCAAACCAGAUCGACCUGCACGAAUGGCGCCGACUCGAACCUCAACGUCGCUGGGCGGGAUUUAGCGAUUUUCUGCCUCGCUCCGAUCCCUUGUCAAGCAAAAUCGAUCGUCUCACUCAGAUCUCUACAAAAGGACCGCACCAAACCGAAGCGCAAAGAGGCGAUAACUGGAAACACCUUGAGUCCGACCUCUGUAGCAUCUAUCAGCAUCACACAGCACCCCCAACUCCCUCUUCCUCCAAAUUGGAACCAGGCACCUCUUACGCAAUGCAUCGAUUCCUAGGCACGUCUCGAUCCGACUCUGACCCGUUGGGACUCAGCUAUUCCCCUGUCUAUCCCCGCGUGAUACAUCACGCCAAUCAUCUUGUGGGUAUUGCAACCCCACAGUCGGCAAGUGUGGCUAUCGAUGCGGUUCUCAGUCAGAUGGUCAAUCCGAGAGCCGAGAGUGCUGACGCGGGUGUUAAGGUGUGGGAGUCAGCGUACGGGAUCCAGGCGCAUUUGGAGGUGGUAGAAAGAAUGUUGGAAGUAGAAGUGAGGUCGAGGGUGACGAGGAUGAGGAGGAUGUUCAGGCAGCUGGAUGGGGCGGAAGAGGGAGGGCGGGGUGUACUGGAUAUAGAGGGCAGCAGAGAUGUUGGCGAUGAUGAAAAUGCGGCAACAGACGAGCCAGAACAGGGAGAGGAGACUUCAGACACUUCGGAUAGCGAAUCUGAGGACGACGACGACGACAACGAACGCAGUUGGGCCUCUUGA